GGAUUUAUGACUUAUUUAUUGAUACUGUAAGGAGAGAAAAAAAGGAAACAAAAAGAUCCAUUCUGACCAUCUCUCUCUCUCUCUUUUUUUGUAUAUGUACUUUUUUUUUUUCUUUAGCAAUUUGAUUCAAAUUUUCUAUAUACCUUUGGAUUAUAUCACUCUAAGUAUGGCUCUUUGGAAUUUUGUUGUUGUUGGAUUGGUAUCUAUUUUUUGGAAAGGACCAUUAUGGCUUCAGCAAGCUUAUCUGACAGUUCUAAGCUCUUUAAUGGCUUUUUCCUUGACAGGAUUGGAACAAUGGACAACAUGGAUAUUAUUAGGACUACUUGCUGUUUGGGAUCUUAUUGCUGUUCUUUGCCCAUUUGGACCCCUUCGACUAUUGAUUGAAAGCUCCAGAAGUCAACAACGUGAAGUGCCUGCUCUACUUUAUUCUGUCAAUGCUGUUUGGUUCAUGCUGGCAUCACCAAACCAUUUCCACAUUUCACAUAGUUUUAGCUCAACAGAUACAUCCGUUGAUCAUCCAACAGUCAGUGAUACCAAGGUGUCACAUUAUCAUCAACAAUCUCGUGCAACCGCAUCACUCCGCAGUCUGGGUAGUUUAGACAACUAUCAAGCAUCGACCACCUCCUCCAUCGAUCCCUUGCACCAUCAAGCAAAUCUUCAGUCAACUCAAGCAAAUUUGGAUACUUCAUCUACAGUUAUCCAUGAGGAUCAUCCAUCUCAUCGUGACGGAUUUCAUCGAUUGCAAGACAAUAGCCAAACAACUCUGAAUGAGUCAUCAAGAACGACGGAUCAACCACAGCGACAACAAGAAAAUGAUACGGAUGAAGAAGAUGUGGAACGUAGUGGUCUCAAGCUUGGACUAGGUGAUUUUGUAUUCUAUAGUGUAUUGAUUGCACGAGCAGCCAUGUACGAUUGGAUCACCACAGUAUGUUGUACCAUUGCUGUCUUGACAGGAUUGACUGCCACAAUCUUUUUACUUGCCAUUUACAAGAAAGCAUUGCCUGCGCUUCCUAUCUCCAUUGCUUUUGGUAUUUUGUUUUAUUUUGUUGCCAAGGCCGUGUUGGUACCUUAUAUCGCUGCUAUUUGUGUCCUUGGUAUGGUGGGAAUAUAAUCUCUUUUUUUUUUUUUUUUGUAUGAUACCCCUCUCCUUAGUUUACUUAUAUAAUACACUAUAGUUUAGUUUUUCUCUCUCUCUGUCACACUGACAUAUUUUUCUUUUCUUUUUUUUUUUUUUGUCGCAUACAUAUUCACAUAUAUAUAUAUUGAUUCAAAUAG